UUCAUUGUUUCGUCUGCUACCAAAACGAGUGGGGGAACAGUGUGCAAGGGCCCAGAGCUGAGUGUGUGUACAGCCUGACUGGCAGCCAUCAAGUACUGGAGUUAGCAGAAAACUUGCACCACACCCAUCAGUGGGAGCAUCAGCUGUGCCGCUAUGGGGUCUCUGGCCAGCCGUCAGGAGGGCACCACCGAGGAGCUGGACCCAGAGCAUGUGCACUCCUACAAGUACCCACCAAAGUCAGGCAAUUAUUUUGGCACCCAUUUUAUAAUGGGAGGUGACAAGUUUGAGACACCACAACCGGAAGCCUAUCUGUUUGGAGAGAACAGCGACCUGAACUUCCUCAGCAGCAAACCGGCGCCGUGUCCGUAUGCCCUGUCGGCGCCUAACGAGCCGUCGAAAACACUCAAGUCCGUCAUCAACAUCCGCAAGGACUCGCUGCGAUUGGUCCGCUACACGCCGGAGGGCGGAGCCAGUGCCGACGGCUCGCCCAAUCAGCAGCUGUUCAACAUCGAGUUCACGUUUGACUGCGACGUGCGCUGCUCGAUCACCAUCCACUACUUCUGCAGCGAGGAAGUCACCCGGAAUGGCCUAAUGUACCGGCCCCGGGACGCCUCCAUGUCGUCCGAGACGUACCGCUACAAGUGCGGCGCGGCGCAGACAUUCAGCCAGCGGCAGCACCUGCUGGAGCCGGCGCUCUACACCGACGCCGAGCUGGCCUACAACCCCGACGUCGAGCUCUACCCAGUGGUGGUGGUCUGCCAGGCGGAGGAAGGGGACGAUCCGCGCCAGUGUCACGUGACCACGGGCUACGUGGACCGGAUGUCGGACGGCUCGUACAUGCUGAAGCCGCUGAAGCAGAAGCAGUACAUCGACGGCCUGGUCUUCCUCCUGCAGGAGAUCUAUGGCAUCGAGAACAAGCUCGUCGACAACAAGUCGGUGGACGACGACACGGAGGACUCGGGGGCCGAGUGUGUCAUCUGUAUGUCGGACCUGCGUGACACGCUGAUCCUGCCGUGCCGCCAUCUCUGCGUCUGCAAUUGCUGCGCCGAUCACCUGCGCUACCAGGCCAACAACUGCCCCAUCUGUCGGGCGCCGUUCCGAGCCCUGCUGCAGCUGCGGGCCGUGCAGAGGGUGCCGCCCGGAGGUCAGCCGCCGCUAGAGGGCGUGGACGGCGUACCGCCCGGCUACGAGCCCGUGGCCCUGGUGGAGGCGCUCAACGGGCCAAUCGCGGCGCCGCGCGACGCCAGCUCGCCGGUGACGUCACGCAACGCCUCCGGCACGGUCCGGCCCCGGCCGUCGCUGAAGCGGAACCCGUCGGCAGUCAGCGAGAGGGGCGCCAGCCGCGACGGCCUGCCGCCCGUCACCACGGUCCGCGCCACCGUCUGCAGCACGGUCUGCGCCACUGCCUGCACCACUGUCUGCGCCACCGUUUGCAGCACGCUCUGCGGCACCGUCUGCGCCACCGUUUGCAGCACGGUCUGCGACACCGUCUACAGCACCGCGUCGCUCCGCUCCGUAGUGCUGUCCACCUGCCAGGUGGCUCUGGGCCUGGCCUGGCUGUACGUGGCGUACGGGCGCUACCAGCUGCAGCGGCGGGAGCUGCUCACGUCCAGCGUGGCGGUCGAGCCGGUAGCCUUUCCUGCCAUCACGGUCUGCCCCGAACUCCAACUCAACUACUACCGCGUGGUCAGCCUCAACAACGGCACCGGGUGGCCGCGCGACCUGUGGCGGCUGUACCGGCCGGCACGCGACGGCAGCGCGGCGGAUUUCCUGCUGGGACUGAGCGCGCGCGUCGAACAGCUGGUGGAGCACUGCUUCGGCGCCGGCUGCGACCACUGGCGCCCGCUGCUGACCCGCGAGGGCGUCUGCUACACGCUGGUGCCGCCGGCCGGCGGCGCGCACGGUAAGCAGGUGGAGCUGAGGCUCAGCUUGUACCGCUACGUGAGGGGACUGGUGUGGCCCGGCUGGAGCAACUACCGCGUGUUCGUGCACGGUACGGAGCGGCCGGUGGUACUGCAGGACGGCUUUCUCAGCCUCAACGCCUGGGUGCUCGUCGACGUGGGCGAUAUGAGCAUGCACCCGGCGGUGCUGGUGAGCGUAAGGCGCACCGUCACCAGCAACAUCCGCCGCCGCCCCUGCCGCGAGCAGCCCGACUACCAGCAGACACUGUGUCUGCAGCAGUGUCUGCGUUACUAA